AUGGCACUAUUCCCGUGUGCUUGGGCAACUGUUGGUUUACACCCGAAGUAUGCCAAUCAGUUUGGUCCAGAUUUUCAAUCAAGACUGGUUCGAAUGGCUCAGAAUGAUCGUGUCGUUGCCAUUGGCGAAACAGGCUUAGAUUACACAGGUGUUGCGAGAUCUUCUGGUACUGUGAAACAGAAGGCAGUAUUUGCAGCACAGUGGCUCGUUGGGAGAUCCAGCAGUGUCACCACACUGGCUCGAAAUCUGCCACUGAGCAGAAUGCUACUCGAGACGGAUGCUCCUUAUUUAUUGCCUGUAGCUGCACCAGCAGGUUCGCAGUUUUCCCAUCCUGGCAUGGUGCUAGCCGUGGCUCAGGAAAUAUCCAACAUUCGUGGAACAUCUGUGACUGAAGUGUGUAGGCACACAACGAGCAAUGCAGUGCGAUUGUAUAAGCUUCCACUGUAUUAA